CGGCCUCCGGAGGGCGGAGGCCUCGGACGUGGCGGGGCCCGGCCAACGAGGGUGCUGGGCCUGGGCCGCCCCGCGGGGCCCUCGGCAGGCUGGCCUUGCGCGCCGUGGUCCAGUCCCCGGCAGGACCCGAGCCCUCCCAGGUAGACGGGCGCCAGCCCGGGGGUCGCUGAGGAGCAGCCGCGGGCCGGGCGGUGGGCGCCUCACCUGCGCGGCGGGGGCGGGGCGGGGCGAGAGGUGCGCACGCGCGCGCCCUGCCCGGGGCGUGGCGGCUCCGGCGACGCUGCGCAGCGCAGCCGGCGGGCUGAGCGCGCUCGCUCGCUCCCGGUGGCGUAAUUUCCCCGCGGGUCUGCCUCUCCUUCGCUCCGCCGCCGUUCGGGGCGGGUCCGGAGAAUGGCCUCGGAGAUAGAGUCGUCGCUGGAGGCGAGCUUCACGUCCAGCGGAGCGCUGUCAGGGCCCUCGGUGUUUCUGCCGCCGGCGCGCUCCCGCAUCUUCAAGAUCAUCGUGAUCGGCGACUCCAACGUGGGCAAGACGUGCCUGACCUACCGCUUCUGUGCCGGCCGCUUCCCCGACCGCACCGAGGCUACCAUCGGGGUGGAUUUCCGAGAACGAGCGGUGGAGAUCGAUGGGGAGCGCAUCAAGAUCCAGCUAUGGGACACAGCGGGACAGGAACGCUUCAGAAAGAGCAUGGUGCAGCACUACUACAGAAACGUGCACGCUGUUGUCUUCGUGUAUGACAUGACCAACAUGGCUAGUUUUCAUAGCCUGCCAUCUUGGAUAGAAGAAUGCAAACAGCAUUUGCUAGCCAAUGAUAUUCCACGGAUUCUCGUUGGAAAUAAAUGUGACUUAAGAAGUGCCAUUCAGGUUCCUACAGACUUGGCACAAAAAUUUGCUGACACGCACAGUAUGCCUUUGUUUGAAACCUCUGCUAAAAACCCCAAUGAUAAUGAUCACGUGGAAGCCAUAUUUAUGACCUUGGCUCAUAAGCUUAAGAGCCACAAACCAUUAAUGCUUAGUCAACCCCCUGAUAACGGAGUUACCCUGAAGCCUGAACCAAAGCCCGCGAUGACGUGCUGGUGCUAAGUAACAGUCUUUAUGAGACUGGGAUUUUGACUAAAGAAAUACUUGCGAAGUAUAACAGUGGUAGUCAUAAGAUUUACUCUCAGAUAUAAUGGAUCAUCCUGGCACGUCACUGUUCAUCAUCGUCAUGCUCACUUCUGUAUUUGGUCUUUACGUAAUCAGGAUCGCCACUGACAACACAAGAAAAACGUUGGUUUUCAGGUGAGGUUGAAAAUGAAGCAAAGGUAGGGUGACCAGAGCAUCUUCCCAUCAGAGCCCAGGGAGGGAGGCUUCGGAGGAGAGCACGAUGGGGUUUCAGAGUCUGACUGUUCAGGCCUGUGUUCCUGAGAUGGAAAACAAUAUGAAGGGUUUAGUGCACACUUCAUGGUGUGUCCUUUGGGAAGUAUUCUCAGUAGGAUCAGAACUUGUAUUUGCCUCUCCCUGGAGUUCUCUUUUUGUAUUAUUAGUGGAUUAAUUGCAUUAUUAUUGGUACAUUUUUAGAGCCAAACUUUAGUUCCAGUGGGAGGAGAAGGCAUAGAAUGUCUCAAUUCUUAAAGGACUUUCCCAACAGUUGUAGAUACUUAAUAUUUCUAAUCAAUGCCAAUGAGUUUUGCAGAGAUCAUUGUUAUUUUUGAGUAAUUUGAAUUGUUUUCUUACUAAAUUCUAUUAAAAUUAUGCAAAAACAAGUCAAAUUCUAGUGCAAAUGAAGUGACAUAAGGUGCUUUAUAUUUUAUUAUGAAAUCUUUAAACAGUAAAAAAAGGAAUCGAGAGCAUACGAGUCGGUGUAACUUGGGGGAAUAUAGGUAAAUAUGGUUCCUGGCUAUCACAGGAGACUUAGUCUUAGCUUUUGGUAAUUUCAAGAUGUGUCUCUGGGGAUAGUGUCUCCUGCUGCCCCCACCCCCAAACAACUUAAUGACUCAAGGCUGAAUUAACAAAUCAUCUUCCAUUUGGAUUGUAAUUCUGAGAAUACACCUCUAAUUGCUAUGAGUGUACAUAUAUUCCUGUAAUAGUAUUGUGUUACAGUACAUCCAUUUUUAAAAUCUUUAAAUUUAUGGGCACAACAUGCUGUUCCUCCUAAGUAUAAAAAUCAAGUUAGAUAUUGAAAAAUCUUGUCUGUCCCUCAGUGGGACAAAGAACAUUUCAAAAGUUUUUUACCCUAAAUAUUUUCACUUUGAAUUUAAGACUUUGCACAUAGAAAAUAGUAAGCUUGCAUAUGAAACUAUUACAUGAAUGGAAUGUAAGCCAUGAAUUUUGACUGAAAUGUGCACAUUGACUCAUUCUGAUGGAUUGCUGUCCUUGAUCAUUUUAGAGGAAAUCAAGCCAAAAGAUGAUUGUACUUACAAUAUUUUUAGAAUGUGGGAAACCAAUUAAAUAUGUAUCUAAUCUAGUUUAGGAUUUUUGUUUUAUCAUCAUGGUGGUCCUAACUGGAUAAUUUAAUUAUAAAAUGAGAUAAUUAUAUUAAAUGAACUAACUAAAAAUAAUUAUAGAAAAUAAUUGUUCAGUUUUAAAUAUUAGAGCUUAAGGAAAUCAAGUGGGUUUUACUUGUGUUUAGAGAGAUUAAUUCAUUUUUCUUAUGCCAAAAUUAAAAAUGAUUUGACUUUAUGUAAAUUAAUGUUUAUUUGUAACUUUUUAUAGUGAAACAGUGACAACUGUAAUAAUUGUGAUGGGUGUGAUCGUUUUUUAAAGAAAGGAAUCUGUUUAUUGCUUUUCAAAACAUUUUCUAGAGUGGGGAAAGAAAGUUUACAGACUUUUCAAGCACAUUUAUGUUUUUUCAUUAUGUUAUGAAUGGUUUUUAAAAAAGGAAAUUAACUUUAUUUCUUUUUGUAAAAACUUAGUAGGAAGUAUUCUCUAUAGUUCUGUGAAAGGACUUAUUUUUUCACUUUAAUAUUUAUUAAUUUAAAGCUAUUUGUAUCUCAUUUGUAAUGAUUUAUUUUAACUUUUUCUAUGUAUGUUUUGUUCUUUAAAAGAGCAUACAUGUUAAUUGAAUGGAUACAGCUUUUAGAUAUUUUCUAAAAUGUUUAUAAAAUACUUUAUUGACUAUUGAGAAAUCACGUUCAAAAUGGUGACUAUCAAACAACUAUUAAUUUUAAAGCACAAAGCACACAUUUUGUAACUCCUGUGUGAAUUUAUUUGAACUGUGACCAUUAAUUGAAAACAUCAGAUGUGUGUUGGAGAUGCCCAUUUGAGAACACCAGAGGAAGCUAAACCAGAAUCUAAUGUAGUUAGGUAUUGAUGACAAUGCUUUAUUGACAGUGUACUGCUAUGUUUUCUUAAACUCAAUGCUUUUGUUGUGGAAUGUCACUGUAACAUUUCCCUCAUGAAGUUCAAUAAACCAGCUUUACUGUAAAGAA